UCCGCUCAAUCCCAUAACAAAGUUAAGAUAGAGUGGUCCCUAUAUCCUCUCACUCAAUCCAAAUAUAAAUAACAAGCCAUCGAACAUCAACAUCAGCAUUACCCAUCAUCAGUCAUCGCUGCAAAUCCAUCCAUCAGGUGUGACUCUGCAUAAAUCGUGAAAGAUAAGUGAAAACUGAAUUAUGGCCGAUGAAAGCGUUGAUGCUUUUCCAACGCUGGAAACUGUGUAUAGAGUGACCGGUUACAAAUUCAAUCAGUUGAGCCGGAAAUUACCGGACGCCAAAUUGAAUUCAGAACAAACUGGUGAGUCCAAGGUGAUCCCGAUGCCUUGGUGUUCUCCGAAUUCUAGUUCAAAUGCAUGGAGCCAACCAAAUUUGAUCCAGAAGCUGAAAAAGAGGGGUUAUAGUGGAUCAGGACUUAAAAGCAAUAACCUACAGGUGAAAAGCAAUUCUCCAAAGCCUCUUAAUGGAAGUGAAAAUGGAGUUUUGGAUGACAACAGGUUACUUCAUUGUGUUGAAGAUGAUACAGCUCCAUCUAAGGAUUGCAAGGAUGGUCAAUGCGAUGACGAAGGGAUCUCGAAACCCAAUUGUGAAAAUAAUGACGAUGAAGGAAUCCCGAAACCCAAUUGUGAAAAGAAUGAUGAUGAAGGAAUGCCGAAACCCAACUGCGAAAACAUUGAGGAUGAAGGAAUCCCGAAACCCAAUUGUGAAAACAUUGAUGACGAAGGAAUCCCAAAACCUCAAUGUGAAAACGCCGAUGAUGAAAUUGUUGAUAGUGAUACUGAUAUUGUGUUUGAUAGUGAUGAUGAUCUUUCUUUAGAUGACACUGACUCAGACACCGGAGAGAAAAGCCACGAAGGGAGCAAGAAGAGUAAGUGGUUCAGGAAAUUCUUUAAUGAUUUAAAUAAACUGACAGUUGAGGAGAUCAGUUCACCAGCAACUCGGUGGCACUGCCCAGCAUGCCAAGACGGUCCUGGGGCUAUUGAUUGGUAUCAUGGAUUGCAGCCCCUUUUGAAUCAUUCUAGGACAAUAAAAGUAAGGAGGGCAAGAUUGCAUCGAGCGUUUUCCGAAACUUUGGAGGAAGAGUGCUCGAUGAGAGGAGCUCCAUUGAUAAGGGGUGGUGAAGCCAAUGGACUGUGGGAGGGUCUCGAUAACAAAGUUAAGGAUCGUGAAAUUGUUUGGCCUCCAAUGGUUGUCAUUAUGAAUACGAAAUACGAGCAGGAUGAAAACAACAAGUGGACAGGAAUGGGGAAUCAAGAACUCCUUGAUUGCUUCAGUGAUUACGGUGCAUUGAAGGCUCGACACUCAUAUGGUCCACAUGGGCACCGAGGGAUGAGUGUUUUGAUUUUUGAACCAUCUGUAGCAGGUUAUUUAGAGUCUGUGCAGCUCUACAAGCAUUUCAAAGAGCAAGGAAGAGAUAGGGAAGCUUGGGAUCGUUGUAAGAAUCCAUUUGUCCCAGGAGGAAAACGGCAACUUUAUGGUUACAUGGCUUCUAGAGAAGAUUUAGAUGUUUUCAACAAGCACUCUGGAAAAUCAAAAUUAAAGUUUGAAAUUAGAUCAUAUCAAGAAAUGGUAGAGAGCAAGAUUAAGCACAUCAAUGAUGACAGUAAAGUAAGCGAGAAGUUACGCAAAACAACUGAAGAAAACCAUGUUGUGCAAGAACGUACUAAAGAACAUCAUCUACAAAACAAGGAGGAGAUGAACGAACAAGAAAAGUUUUUCCUUGAUCAAAUACAAAUCAUUCAUCAAUCAAUAGCUGCAAAGGAAGACGAGUUUACGAAAUCACAGCAAGCAAAACAAGAAGUGAUGUGUGUCAAUGGAGAUUCUUCUGUGAAAGAAGAUGACAAUCAUAUAAUGGAGAAAAAUUCUAGUUUCACGAAGUCUCAAGACAAGGAUAUGAGGCAAUUUGAGGCAGUGAGAGAUAAUAUCUUAAAAACACAUGGUGAAAAACAGUUGGCUCUGAAGAAGAAGCAGUGGCAAGAGCAGGUUGAACUUGAGAAGGAAUUGGAAAAUGAACUAACUCAGCUCAUGAACAAGCAUGCUUUAAGUCACUCUCAAGAAGAAAGCUGUUAAUAUUAAACGGUGUUUAAGUCCCGUUAACAUUUGAAAACAUGCAGAGAAGUGGUAAAUUUUGCCAGAGUUUAAUUUGAAAGUUGAAAGUGAGGGUUGAUGAGGGCUAUCAUCACCAAAGUAUCGUAGCCCAUUUUGACUAGUUCCAAUAGUUUUUAGCUUUGGUUACAAUUUUUAGGCUUAUUAUAUCGUUUGGUCCCUUAUUUAAUUUCAUAUUUUCAUUUUGGUCCCACAUUUAAUAAAAAUGGUGUUUUGGUCCGUCA